AUCUUUCUCUGUAGAUGGCCUUCAAAGCAGAGCAGUUGGCCAGACUAGAAGGCCACCGUUGGCAGGUGGCAUGUCUUGAAUUUAGUCCAGGCGGCACCUUACUCGCCUCAGGAGCGUGGGACAAGGAGGUCCGUUUGUGGGACUUGAGCAGCUUGGAAACCGCAGUUACUCUGAAAAACCAACACACCUGCCCAGUGACAGCACUGGCUUGGUUUCAACCGGAUGGCUCCCUCUUAGCGACGGGCUCUGCCGAUUGUACGACGUGUAUAUGGAACUCGACAAGUGGACAGGCACUCUCUACCUUGUCUGAACAUUUUGGUUGGGUAUUGGACGUCUGUUUUUCGGGUAAUGGUUCUCUCUUGGCGACGGCGUCGUGGGACAAGACUGUUCGUGUUUGGGAUCCGGCAACUGGUGUGUUGCUUCACACACUGAAUGGUCACACCAAGGGUGUCUUCUCGUGUCAUUUUCACCCAGUUCAUACCAGUGCUGUGCUUUGUACAUCGUCUGAUGAUGAGACCAUUCGUAUAUGGGAUGCAAGAGUAAACAACAAAGCUAUAAAAGUAUUUGUAAACGGUCACGAUGAUGGAAUCACGUGUUGUCGGUGGUCACCAGAUGCUUCACUGAUUGCGUCUGGAUCGUCUGAUAGAAAAAUCACAGUCUGGGAACCGAGAGAAAGCAAACCUCUGUGUCAACUGACAGGUCACGAGGAUACUGUAAAAAGCUUAGCAUUUAAUCCCGAUACCGAUGCUAAUGAUUUCUCUGUACUGGCAUCAGUGGGUGACUGCACUACUCGUUUGUGGGAUCCUCGAGAAGGAAAAGAGAGGCAGUUGGCAUUGUUGGCUCAACAUCAACCUUUUAGAGAGGUCGAGACGGUUGCUAUUUCUCCAGAUGGAAGUUUGCUAGCCACCGGAGCUCGAGAUAAUGUAGUUGUAUUGUCAACUCUUGGUGUGCCUCAUAGCCGAGCAUUGUACCCGGGUGCUGGGAAGAUUGUUCACGUUGAGUCUUUUCAUGAAGGUGAAGCAGGAAGUAAUCCUGUAGAGCAGAAAUUAUGGCGACGGUAUACGAACAGAAUGAGGUUGGCUGCUGGUGUGAAGGAUGAUGAAUUUGAUUCAGCUGGUGAAGUUAUCGAGGAAGAGGACAGCGAUUCAACAGAUGAUGACAACAGUCACAAAACUGCCGUGCAUCAUGCCUUGAACUCUGUUCAUAAAACUAAAAGGUCUAUUCAACCAUCUAAAGUACACAAAGUCAAACAACAGCCUAAACCUAAGAGUAAGGCAAAAGCUCAAACUGCAACUCCACUAGAUCCUGGCAAGACGACAUCAGAAGGCGUCAAAGAGCGACGUUUGAGAAGGCUGCGACCCAAGUCACUCGAGGAUGACCAUCGACUGCAUUUCUGUCCAGACAAGUAUGUAAUGGGAAGUAAAGAUGUAUCAGCAGGAGACAGGGUACCACGUGGUUCAGCUUCUGUGUCCUAUAAGGACAUAACCUUACCACCACCACCGCCGCCGCCACCAGAAGCAGCGGUAGUGGUUGGUCCAGGAGAAGAUGACAGUGUUGUGCUGAUACCACCUCCUCCAUUACUCCAAUCUGAUGUUACUGAUGCUCUGGUAGGGGAGGGUGUUUAUACCAAUGAAGAUUUCUUGCCACUGACACAACUCCCGCCGUCUAAAAUGAUGGCAGAAGCAACUGAAGAACAAACGGAAGAUUUGUAUGAUGAAAUAUUUAAUGUGCCUCCACCACCACCUGCACUCGACCUUGAUCUAUACGAUACAGUUGAUGAUACAGUUAAUACGGUGAUGGGAUAUACAGCAGACGAUGAUCCUUUAUACGCACGAGUAGAAUCUGUUCGCAAGAAGUAG